AUGUCAGUCUCAAAGGCCUUCGACGGCUUCUCCGGCUCCCAAAUCGCCACCUCCUCCAUGGCCUCCAUCAACACCCUCUACCGUCCCGGCGACGGUGAUCCGGAGAAACCGGCUCUCGUCCUCUUGCACGGGUAUCCACAGAACCACUACAUGUUCCGACACUUGAUCCCGUUGCUGCCGAAGGAUUAUGCUAUCAUUCUUCCCGAUCUUCCAGGUUACGGCGACUCUUCUGCGAAUAAAUCAACCAAGGACACGAACGCUUACUCGAAGCGCUCGAUGGGUAAGGAAAUCCUGGACGUAAUGUCCCGUUGCCUCCAAUCUUCCACCUCAACCCCGCGGAAGAUCAUCCUCAUCGGUCACGACCGCGGAGCGAGGGUCGCUCACCGCAUGGCAAUCGACAUGAAACAAAGCGAGAAGUUUAAGGUGAUCGGAGUCGUAGUCGCCGAUAUCGUCCCAACACUCGAGAAUUGGAAAAGAUGCUGCUCAAGCCAAGGCGGAGACAACAAAAUCGCACUCAAGAUGUACCACUGGAUGUUCCUCGCCCAGCCCUACCCUCGCCCCGAAAAGAUGAUCCAAGGCGCAGGCGUAGAGUGGUUCAUCCCCGACAAAAUCGCCUCAUGGGCUGGUCAAGACAAAUAUCUCGAAAAGUUGAAGGAAGGGGGUGCGAUGGAUGUGUAUGUCAAGAGUUUCAGGAGGGGUGAUGUCGUUAAUGGGAGCUGUAAUGAUUAUCGUGCGGGUGCGACGGUUGAUGUGGAGGAGCAGAGGGAGGAUCAGGAGAGGGGGGAUAAACUUGAGGUUCCGACGUUUGCGUUACAUUCUAUCGGUAACCUUGGGCCCUCUGAUCUCAUUCGGGUGUGCUGGAAAGACUGGGUCAAGGAUGAGGGUUUACUUCGGAUCAAGGGGUUGGAAGGACCAGGACAUUUCGUGUUCGAAGAAGACCCCGAGCGAUCCGCCAAGGAGAUCUUGAACUGGAUGAGAACUGCGCUCAAUCUGUCCGUCUGA